CGAAUCGUACGCGUGGAAGCGGGGAAACUGAGCUUAAGGGAAAGGAGGAGACGCAUGAAAUAACAGUUUAUUAAGCUUCAUGCGUUUUUAAAGUGCUUUCAAAUUACAAACGCCGUCGAGAUGGAUCCGUUAUUGUAUUUGGGAGGGUUACCUGUUUUGUUUUUGAUAUGGAUCAAAGUGAAAGGUUUGGAGUACGUGAUAAUACACCAAAGAUGGAUCUUCGUGUGCCUGUUUCUCCUGCCCUUGUCCGUCGUGUUUGAUGUGUACUAUCACCUGCGCGCCUGGAUCAUCUUUAAGAUGUGCUCAGCGCCCAAACAGCACGACCAGCGGGUCAGAGACAUCCAGAGACAGGUGCGAGAAUGGAGGAAAGAUGGAGGGAAGAAGUACAUGUGCACAGGACGUCCGGGAUGGCUGACUGUGUCCCUCAGAGUGGGGAAAUACAAAAAAACUCACAGGAACAUCAUGAUUAACAUGAUGGACAUCCUGGAAGUGGACACAAAACGACAGGUGGUGCGUGUAGAGCCUUUAGCUAACAUGGGUCAGGUGACUGCUCUGCUCAACUCUAUUGGCUGGACACUGCCGGUGCUGCCAGAACUCGAUGACCUCACAGUCGGUGGGCUGGUGAUGGGAACAGGCAUUGAGUCUUCAUCUCACAUCUACGGCCUGUUUCAGCACAUCUGUGUAGCCUUUGAGCUGGUGUUGUCUGACGGCAGUCUAGUCCGCUGCACUAUGAAAGAAAACUCUGACCUGUUUUAUUCCGUUCCCUGGUCCUGCGGGACUCUGGGGUUUCUGGUUGCGGCGGAGAUCCGGAUAAUUCCAGCUCAGAAAUGGGUGAAGCUGCACUAUGAACCUGUUCGUGGCUUGGAUGCCAUUUGCAAAAAGUUUGCAGAGGAAUCUGCCAAUAAGGAGAACCAGUUUGUUGAGGGACUUCAGUACUCGCGGGACGAGGCCGUGAUUAUGACCGGCGUCAUGACGGAUCAUGCAGAGCCUGACAAGACUAACUGUAUAGGUUAUUAUUACAAGCCGUGGUUCUUUCGGCAUGUGGAGGGUUUCCUGAAGCAGAACCGCGUUGCAGUGGAGUACAUACCUCUCCGCCACUAUUACCACAGACACACCCGCAGCAUCUUCUGGGAGUUACAAGACAUCAUUCCGUUUGGGAAUAACCCGUUGUUCCGGUAUGUGUUUGGCUGGAUGGUUCCUCCAAAGAUCUCUCUGCUAAAGCUCACUCAGGGAGAGACCAUCCGAAAACUGUAUGAGCAGCACCAUGUGGUGCAGGACAUGCUGGUCCCCAUGAAGGAUAUCAAUGCCGCCAUCCAGCAUUUCCAUGAGGACAUUCAUGUGUAUCCUCUGUGGCUGUGUCCAUUUCUCUUGCCCAACCAGCCAGGAAUGGUGCAUCCUAAAGGAGAUCAAGAUGAACUGUAUGUUGAUAUCGGAGCAUAUGGAGAACCAAAGGUCAAACACUUUGAGGCCACAUCAUCCACACGGCAGCUAGAGAAGUUUGUCAGAGAUGUUCAUGGAUUCCAGAUGCUGUAUGCUGAUGUAUACAUGGAGCGCAAGGAAUUCUGGGAGAUGUUCGAUGGCACAUUGUAUCAUAAACUCAGAGAGGAGCUCGGCUGUAUAGAUGCAUUCCCUGAAGUCUUUGACAAAAUCUGCAAGUCUGCAAGACAUUGAAUCCAAAUGAACCUGAUACAUGGGCAAAAAAAUAAACAAAACAAACGGUACAAUCAUUUUGCUGACAACAAUGGGGUCAGACACACUUAGAACAUAGAUACUCUUGUUCAUAAAGGAGCACCAGCAAAUUUGACAAUAUAUUCUGAAAAUAAUUUUUAUUCCUCUAUUCCUGGGCCCUUUUUAUUUAUUUUUUUACGGUUUAAACAAUAUUCAUAUAAACAACAAAUAUUGCUUAAAAGGUUUUGAAUAUAUAGUUGAAGUCAGAAUUAUUAGCCCCCCUGAAUUAUUAGCCCCCUGUUUAUUUUUCCCCAAUUUCCCCAAAAAGAUUUUUUCAAUACAUUUCUAAACAUAAUAGUUUUAAUAACUCAUUUCUAAUAACUGAACUAUUUUAUCUUUGCCAUGAUGACAGUAAAUAAUAUUUGACUAGAUAUUUUUCAAGACACUUCUAUACAGCUUAAAGUGACAUUUAAAGGCUUAACUAGGUUAACUAGGCAGGUUAGGGUAAUUAGGCAAGUUAUUGUAUAACGAUGGUUUGUUCUGUAGACUAUCGAAAAAAAAAUUGUGUAAAGGGGCUAAUAAUUUUGACCUUUGAAAAUUUUAAAACUGCUUUUAUUCUUGCCGAAAUAAAACAAAUAAGAUUUUCUCAAGAAGAAAAAAUAUUAUCAGAUAUACUGUGAAAAUUUCCUUGCUCUGUUAAACAUAAUUUGGGAAAUAUUUAAAAAACAAAAUUCAAAGGGGGGCUAAUAAUAAAAAAAAAAAA